GACUCGAACUUGGUGCAUCAAAAAGUUCAGUUCCCUCUCUCUCUCUCCCAAGUCCCUGAGUCUCCCGAGUCUCCUCAGUCUUGACCUUCCCUCCUCUUCCCAAUCCACUAAGAGGGUCUCUCUUUGUGGCAUAACCCUUUAUCAUUUUCCACUCAAACAAGUUGCAGAUUGACUUAAACUCUAAUAAUAUUAGUGCAGCGAUGCUGUUUUGAUUCCUUGUGAAGCAGAGCAGAAAUGGCUUUCUGUUGCAAUAAAUCUUGCCCUGCAAACUCCCAUCUUCUAUCAAGCAACUUUUUGAGGCCAUUCAAGAUUCCCAAGCUUCAAUAUGUGAAGAAAGGACAAUUGGAUGGGCCCCAAAGGGCUUCAAAGGUUCUGGCUUUCUUUGGCCUGACAACCCCUCCAUAUAAACUUGAUGCAUUGGAACCACAUUUUAGCCAGAAGAUGCUGGAAUUGCAUUGGGGAGCGCAUCAUCAUGAUUAUGUGGAAGGUUUGAAUGAACAGCUUAAGAACAAUGACCUAUUAUACGGGUACACAUUGGAUGAACUAGUCAAAGUAACCUACAACAAUGGGAAUCCUUUACCAGAAUUUAACAAUGCAGCCCAGGUCUGGAAUCAUGAUUUUUUUUGGGAAUCCAUGCAGCCUGGUGGUGGCAACAUGCCCAGAGGAGGAUUUCUACAGCAGAUUGAGAAGGAUUUUGGUUCUUUUACCAAUUUUAGGGAGAAAUUUGUAAAUGCUGCCCUUACACUAUUUGGUUCUGGCUGGAUUUGGCUUUUACUGAAGACCAAGGAGAAAAGGCUUGCAGUGGUUAAAACAUCAAAUGGUAUCAACCCACUUGUUUGGGGUGACAUUCCCAUCAUCAAUUUGGAUAUGUGGGAGCAUGCUUAUUAUCUGGAUUAUAAGGAUGACAAAGGAAAAUAUGUGAACACGUUCAUGAACAACCUCGUAUCAUGGGAUGCAGCAACAGCACGCUUGGCCCGUGGUGAGGCUUUUGUGAACUUAGGGGAGCCCAAAAUUCCUAUUGCUUGAAACACUUCAUGCGAGGUAUAUGUAAUUUUUCUUUUAGGGGCUGGGUGGGUUUUAAACUUGUAUGUAAAAUUUUUGUUUUAGUGGAUGCACUCUUUUUUAACAUCUUUGGAACUGAUAUCCGUUAGGUUGACACAUACUCUACCACAGUUGAUACUUAGUACAUAAUUUUAAUCAUGUUGCAA